CAUGGACAAGGCGGCCCAAGCUGGAGGAGGAAGCAGCAGUAAUAGCAGCAGUCGGAGCAGCAGCAGAGCUACCUCCGCAGGGUCAUCUCCAUCCUCCUCCGGCCGGGGGGUCCUCUCCGGGAGGACGAUCACAGCUACAAGCAAAGUGGAUGGAGGAGCCGCACAGAAACAAGUCAUAGAGGGUUCACUCAGCAAGUACACCAACCUCAUCCAGGGAUGGCAGAGCAGAUAUUUUAUACUGGACUUUGAGUCUGGAAUCCUGCAGUAUUUUGUGACAGAGGCAAGCAAAAAUCAGAAACCCAGAGGGUUCUUGUCUCUAGCUGGAUCUCUUAUUUCCCUGAGUGAUGAGGCUCCCUACAUGAUUGUUGUAUAUUCUGCCAAUGGAGAAGUCUAUAAACUGAAAGCUGCUGAUUCCAAGGAGCUACAGUUCUGGUUGACUCAGCUUCAAGCAUGUGCCAAAUACCAUACUGAGACCAAGAGCUCAUUGUCUCAGAGAGCCAGAAGUUUUUCAUUGCUUCCCCAUGGAACAUCCAAUUCUUCAUCCCCUGGGAGCCAGAGGCAUCUCGCACAAAGCGGCCCCAGUGUUGUCACCAUCACACAUCACAAGUCCCCUGCAGCUGCCAGAAGAUCCAAGAACCAGAGUCCUCACCAUCUACAUGAAGUCAAAGAGGUCAUGGCUGAGGUGGAGGGACAACAGAAAAAUCUGGUAAAUGCCAUUGAAUCCCUUUCAGGCACUGGCCCGCUAUCUGCCUUGGAUCAGGACUUACUCCUCCUGAAAGCUACCUCAGCUGCCACCCUUGGCUGCCUUGGCGAGUGUCUUCACUUACUACAGCAGAGUGUAUAUCAAGCUGGGCAGAACAACAAAACUGUGAUGACAGAAAGCAUUAUGGACUGGCAUGGACCAAAGUCUCAAUCUACAGAAAAUCUUAAAAAUGGAACAUUCAGCUCUUUGCCAACUACCGCUUCAAACCUCACUUGGCCCAUGCUCUCAAGCAUGCCGAAAGACUACCAAAUAGAUCAGGAACAUGAGACUGGUCCUCCGGAGGCUGAAGAUGAGCUGACGGACACCGAAGAUAAUGAGGAAGAAGAUUUAGGCGUCAUGGAAGAUCAGCGCGGUGUAAUCCUCCACCUUAUCUCGCAGCUCAAGCUUGGAAUGGAUCUUACCAAGGUAGUGCUUCCAACCUUUAUUUUGGAGAAAAGAUCCCUCCUGGAGAUGUAUGCAAAUUUCAUGGCCCAUCCCGAUUUGUUCUUAUCCAUUGCAGCUGGUACCACCCCUGAGGAGCGAAUGAUUAGCUUUGUGGAAUAUUACAUGACAGCCUUCCAUGAAGGCCGCAAAGGUGCAGUUGCCAAGAAGCCUUAUAACCCAAUUAUAGGUGAAACGUUUCAUUGCAGCUGGGAUGUUCCCAAGGAAAAGGUGAAGCCUUGCAGAACUCAGAGUGCCUGUAUGAAAGCCAAAGAAACGGACAUAGCCCAGGAAUCUACCAAUGAGUCAUACAAAGUGCGGUUUGUCGCUGAACAAGUGUCUCAUCAUCCACCCGUGUCUUGUUUUUAUUGUGAAUGCAAAGAGAAGAAGAUUUGUGUUAACACACACAUAUGGACUAAAAGCAAAUUUCUGGGGAUGUCUGUUGGAGUUUCAAUGGUUGGAGAAGGGGUACUCAAGUUGAUGGAAUAUGGAGAAGAAUACAUAUUUACUCUUCCUAGUGCCUACGCUCGCUCUAUACUCACAGUUCCCUGGGUGGAGCUGGGAGGUAAAGUCAAUAUAAUUUGUGCCAAGACAGGCUAUGGUGCCACCGUCACAUUCCACACCAAGCCUUUCUAUGGAGGAAAGGUCCACAGGGUCACAGCUGAAGUCAAGCACAUGCCCACUAACGCAAUAGUAUGUAAGGCCCAAGGAGAAUGGAACGGAACGCUGGAAUUUACAUAUAGCAGUGGAGAGACUAAAGUCAUUGAUACGACUCAGCUGUCAAUUAUCAGGAAAAAAAUACGACCCCUAGAGAAGCAAGGACCUUCUGAAUCAAAGCGUAUUUGGGAAAAUGUCACCAAUGCCCUAAAGUCAAAUAACAUUGAAGCAGCAACCGAGCGCAAACACCAACUGGAGGAGAGGCAGAGGGCAGAAGCCAGACAGAGAGCAUCCACUAAUCUGCUGUGGAAACCAAAGUAUUUUAUCAGAGAGGGUGAAGUCUGGGUAUAUGUAAACCCACUGUGGAAAGCACAAUGACUACGACAGAUCAAGUACUGCUUGCAACCCGCCAAGUGAAGAGGAAUCCUGCCAAUGAAUAAUAUAUUUCUGCAGCUGCAAUGUGAGUAUAUACAGUA